AUGGCAUUGGAGUUGGCUGCACCGACUUUGCACGAGCACUUGGCGAAUCCUCGGCAAGCGGCUGGCCGUGAGCAAGAGUGGGGCGGCUGUGACAAGCUAUCACUCGGCCCGCAGGAGCUUGGGCUCCGCGGGUUAGCCUCCUGGGAGGAGGUGGCGGCGAAGGUGGUGGCCUCGGAUGGACACAGCUGGCUCAAGUACGGCCGGAAGAAAGUGCGCCAUUCGGGUGCCACCAGAUGCUACUACAAGUGCAGCAUGUCAAAGGCCAUUCCUCGCUGCCCCGCCAGGAAGACUGUCGACAUCAACUGCCCCGGCUCCAUUCACGUCACCUACCGAAGCCGCCUCCACAACCACCCCGUAGUUCCCAACCGUCGCUCACCCUACUACCACCCUGACGUUCCUGUCAGCGAUACGAACUGCCAUGUUGGCCGCCUCAACCUUCCGGAAUUACAUGGUGUGGAUGGCUCUGCGGCGCCUGAUACCGUUCGACCUGCUGCUUCUGGUGGAGAACUGAAGGCCGUUGUGCAUGCCUUGCGGCAUGAGAGCGUGGGAGUGAUCGCUUCUGGCAAUGGUGAUAAAGAGACGGUGGAGGAUGAGGAGGAGCAGACAGCAGCUCGUGUGAAAAACAUUCCAAAGAAUCCCGUCCUCAUUCUUCCUUGUGAAGGGCAAGAAAGGUCGUUGCACCAUUCCCUUGAGUCGCCUCAGAAGGACGACCAUCAUGCAUGCGGAGUGGGGGGGAAUGCAGAACGGUUCUUUGGGUUCCAAGUGCCGCCGCUUGAGGGGAAGGAUGGAUUGGUGCAUCACUCCUUUGGGGCGCCUCGAAAGGGGGACGGGAAUGAGAAGCUGGAGCACAGCCGUUCAGAAGCCAUGCUGCCAACACCACCGAGGCCUGUUGUGGUUGCUGCUGUGUCGGGCGGCUGUGCUGCUAUGACCGAUGGUUGUGCUUCUGUUACUGAUGGUUGUGCUCCUGUCACUGAUGGCUCUGCUCCUGUCGCUGAUGGCUUUGCUCCUGUCACUGAUGGCUCUGCUCCUGUCGCUGAUGGCUCUGCUCCUGUCACUGAUGGCUCUGCUCCUGUCGCUGAUGGCUCUGCUCCUGUCGCUGAUGGCUGUGCUACUAAGGCUGACGGCUGUGCUGGUGUGACUGAUGGCCGGUCUGCAUCGCAUGCUCCUGGGCUUCUCGCCCAUUGGGAUGCGCUGCAGAUGCUUUUUAAGGGAAAUAAGCCCGACAUGGCCUGUGUAUUGUGGGCGUGUGAGUGCAGCAGCGAAUCGGAGCAGUAUGCCACGGGCGCAGUUUGGACCGAGCCAGCUCACAGGGAGGAUGAGAUGCAUCAGGAGCCUCGUACCUCCACCAUUCUUAAGGCGCCCUGCAUUGCGGUGCUGCCGAUUAUCAUUGAGCUGCUAACCAUCAUUGCCAUGCCCUCGGCCACAUGGCUUUGUGACGAGGAAGGUUCCGCAACGCCGACAACACCCGUGUCACCUAUUCCCGUGACCAAGAUUGGUGAGCUGCCCACCAUCGUUAUGCCAUCAGACACGCCCUAUGGAGAGGUCACCCUUGAGCCGAUGUGUUAA